CGCCAAGAAGUAGAGCGGAACAGCUUUUCUAAUUUACUGUACUGAGGAAAGUGGGUUUGCACAGUUCGACUAAACCAAAAGGAAGAUUUCUUAUUAUUCAAGAUCAUGUUUCUCCAAACGGGCACAUCUGGUGGUGCACCGGUAUGAAAGAAUGGGCUACUCAGGGUCUGGUUGGAAGAGGGCCCAGAACUAAGAUGUCUGGCCCCUGGCCCUGUUACCUGUCUCAGUGAUGAAGAGCACCCCUACCAUCCUCCUCUUCACUCUAUCUGUCUUGUGCAGACCUGAGAGUGUGAGUGGGAAGACAGUGAAGGACACAGUGCAAGAAUGGAACAGGUAUCGGAACGAGUGCCUUGUAAAGAUGAGCACAGAUCCCACCCCCUCAGGACUGUUUUGCAAUCGCAUGUUUGAUAUGUACGCUUGUUGGACAGAUGGAGUGCCAAACACAACUGUCAAAGUGCCCUGCCCCUGGUAUCUGCCUUGGUAUGAUCAAGUGCACAAUGGAUUUGUGUUGCGAGAAUGUGGUCCAGAUGGCCAGUGGCUCACCACCAACAACAGUCGCACCUGGAGAGACCACUCACAAUGCAGUGCAGAUGGCAGCCAGCAGAUAGCACAGGAGAAUCAGAUGUUGAUCUUGGCCUAUUUCAGGGUGAUGUACACAGUUGGUUACUCUCUAUCUCUGAUAAGCCUGUCGUUAGCGCUCGUAAUACUUCUCAUAUUCAGGAAGCUCCGCUGCACACGUAACUACAUCCACACCAACCUGUUUGCCUCGUUCAUCCUGCGAGCCUUGUCCAUCCUCACAAGGGACGCACUUCUCAUGAAAGAUGCUCUUGAGUUCAGAGUCAACAAAGAUUUUUCCACCAUUCUGAGUGACCAGGCUAUGUCAGGCUGCCGCGUGGCCCAGGUCGUGAUGCAGUACUGUGUUGGAGCCAACUACUACUGGCUACUGGUAGAAGGUCUGUAUCUUCACAAUCUACUGGUGUUGAUGGUUUUCUCAGAAAACAGCUACUUCUGCGUGUACCUCUUUGUCGGCUGGGGAGCACCUGUGCUCUUUGUGGUGCCUUGGAUAGUUAUGCGGUACCUGUAUGAGAAUACAAGGUGCUGGGAGAUCAACGAAAAUAUAGGAUAUUGGUGGAUCAUUCGGACGCCAAUACUUUUGGCAAUUUUAGUGAACUUUUUCAUAUUUAUAAGGAUUAUUCAGAUCCUCAUCUCCAAAUUAAAAGCACAUCAGAUGAGAUAUACAGAUUAUAAAUUUAGGUUAGCGAAGUCCACACUGACCCUCAUUCCCCUGUUAGGGAUUCAUGAGGUGGUGUUUGCUGUGAUGACAGAGGAACAGACUGAGGGCGUACUUCGCAAUGUCAGCCUAUUCUUUGAACUCUUCUUCAACUCUUUUCAGGGUUUUCUGGUGGCCAUAUUGUACUGCUUUGUCAAUAAAGAGGUGCAGUCAGAAAUCAAAAAGAAAUGGCAGCGAUGGAAACUGGGAAUAAGCUUUUUGGAUGAUCAACGCAAUACAGGUAGCAACACACAUCAGGGGGGUGCUGGACCUCAGUGCUACCACAACCCACCCUGCUUUCAAGACUGCCCUCUGGACAGUGGCAGUCAGCUGUCUUCUGAAGACACACCUACAGCUAUCCAACCAAACAUUCAGCAUCACUACCACCCUGGAGCCAAGAAAGGCAAAGCGUACUGCUACAUCUCUGCCCGAAAGCAGGUUCUGAAUGGGUUGGAAGUGCCAGCAUUGCCCCAGUGUGGUGGAGAGGGAGCAGUGAGGUAUUCUGAGAGCUACUGCUGAAAGUGACUCUGAUGAGUUCCGUUUUCUAAGGAAUAACAGAAUUCUGGCCAUUGAUUGGACCAUUGCAGCAGAUGAUAACAAAGCUGGAUAUCUUGGUGGAAUCUUGGUAUAUGAGGUCAAUAGCACAAAUUGUGGCUUCUAUAUGAAAUGGUUUUAUAAGAAUACCUGUAUCGUAUUUUAUAAUUAUUGAAAGGAUAUUCUUAAAACAUAUUACACUAGAACAAUUACUGGAUGUCCAUAGUCACACCUGGUGACCCACUUAAUUUUUUUUCUUUUUUGUUACAGUAUUUGUUCUUUACCACUAUACCUCAUUUUGGAAACCAGAUGAGUUCUAUUAUGUGCCAAUGUUGCGGAGCAACUUAAAACGUAGUAAUUUAAACAUUAUGAUUGCGUGAGGAUUAUCUGUUGAAAGUGAACAUUGUAAUAUAUUCAUAGGUAAGGCACACAAACAUCACCUAGCCUGCAAAGUCACCAAAAUAACCAUACAGUAUUUGGACACUUAAAAUAUAUGGAUGGUAUUGCAUUACAUUUAUCAUACCAAACAAAGUGGCAUCUAUGAUUGCUAGACCUUUUCUCAGAGCAAACUUUACUUUACUUGCCAUUUUUGCUAUUACUUUUAUCCCAAGUUAAUUUAUAGUGGAUGUACUGUAUAAAGUCGGCUCCCCUCAAAUUUACACAGGUGUCUUUAUAUAGUAACCACAGUUGUAAUUCUUCAUUAACUAUGGACUUAACAUUUAAGAACUAGAAAUUGUCCAAAUACUAUUUUAAUGUGUCUUACUUUUGAACAGUAUUUCAAUGCUUUAAAACCUCACAGUCUUCUUUUUGUGAAAUGUUUUGAUUGAAAAGUGCACAUGUGUUAUCAGUAUGUGUAUUGAGGGGAGCUGAAUUCAUACAUUCAUUAAAAAUGACCUUGGGACCAGUUGGGUAAAAGUAAUUACAAAAAUGGCAAGAAAAGCAAAGUAAGUUCUAAGAAAAGGUCAAGCAGAUUUUAUCUCAAGAUGCCUCUUGGUUUGAUGUUUUAACUAAAUGCAAUGUUGUUAAAUGCAAUGAUGUUCUUUAACAUUUUUAAGUGUGGCUUAUGAGCCUAAAUGCUUUUUGGGGCCAUUGUAUAGCAUACACAUAUGGAGGACCAAAUUACUAAAAAUUAAAUCAUUACAUAAAUAUUAAAAUUUUUGAAUAAACCAUGUAAUACAUGAUGAAAUAAUGGUAACACUUUACAAUAAGGUUCCAUUCGUUAACAUUAGUUAAUGCAUUAGGU